AGGAGGUUUGCUAUCGCAUUAUGGGGACACAAGCGCCGCUCGCUAGGAAAUCGCCCCUCCGGAUGUUUUCUGGCUGCCGAUUAAUGAUUGCGCAUCUGGAUUUGCUGAAGCCACCGGCCCACGCUGGGUAGCUCGGACGGGCUGCCGUGCGGUGCCCCCCCACCCCACCACCGUGCCCAUAUACCCUCGGCGCCGUAUCGGCCGUUCUUCAGUUCGGCCGCUGCCUGGCGGCGCGCAGCUCCAGCGGUGGACUGGUCACCGACAAUGUAAAGCCACAAUGUGUCCGGAGAGACGAGACCUGCUGACGGUGAGGAUGGCCUCCCUCCUCCCUGUUUCCCUGGUUCUGGGGGUUUUGCUGCUGAUGGAGGCCCCUGGAUGCUAUGCAGGGGACUGUAAGGGCCAAAGACAGGUGCUGAGGGGCCCUCCAGGUUAUGUCACUGAUGGACCAGGGAACUACUCAGUCAACGGGAACUGCGAGUGGCUCAUCAAAGCUCCCAGCAACAAUCACCACAUUGUCCUGAAUUUUACCUUUAUGGACACCGAGUGUACCUAUGAUUACCUGUUUGUGUAUGAUGGAGACUCAUACCAGAGCCCUCUCCUGGCCAGUCUGAGUGGCAACACACUACCGCAACCCAUGGAAGCCAAGUCGGGCAAGAUGCUGCUCCAUCUCUUUAGUGACGCUAACUACAACCUUCUUGGCUUCAAUGCCACCUACACCUUCUCGUUGUGCCCUGGUGCUUGCGGGGGCCGUGGGCGUUGUGAUUCAGCUACAUCCCAGUGCCAGUGCCACCAGGGCUGGGGAGGUGUGGAUUGCACAACUCCUUUGUGCUCCCAGGCUUGCUCGCGACAUGGUCAGUGUGACAAGAAAGGAGAGCGCUGUCUCUGUGGUUCAGAUUUCCUUGGUCAGAGCUGUCAGCUCGGUCUCCGUGAUGACAGCGGGGCAGGACAGUGGUGGCGUGUGAGCGAGGGCGACCCCAACACUCCUCCCAGGACGGGCUCUGCCGGGGUCUAUCUAUCCUCCACUGGAGCCAUGUACCUGUUCGGGGGCUUUGACCUAAACAGAGCUCUUGGUGACCUGGUCAAAUACAACUUCACUUCUAACCAGUGGGAAAACAGGUCCUACAGUCACUCUCCCGCUGCUCGUCACUCCCACAUAGCAAUUGACUGGAAAGGAAAUAUGGUUAUCUUUGGGGGAGAGCUUGCCCAUGGUGCUCUGGCUAGUGAUGUCUGGAUGUACAACCCAAUCCACGAUGAAUGGCAGCAGCUUGGCCUUUCGAAUUUGCCCGGAGCACCUAAAUUGGCCAAUCAUGCAGCAGCUGUUGUGGACAAUUAUCUCUAUGUAUUUGGAGGUCGAACAGAGGAGGACAUGUUCUCUUCAGCUCUGUACCGGUUCAGCUUGCGGGGUACUGCUGGUUCUGUGCUGUGGGAGACCGUUCAGCCCACUGGGGGAAAGCCUCCUGCCACUGCUGGCCACUCCAUGGUGUUCCAUAGCCCUUCCAGAAUGCUACUGGUCUAUGGGGGCCAUAGGCCUACAACUGCAAGGUUCAGUGUGAGGGUGAACAACACAGACGUAUUUCAUGUGGACCGGCGGUUCUGGACCUCCUUCCGCUCCCGUUUCCCAGCCACUGGGCCGCGAGAGAGAGCUUUCCACUCGGCCACUGUCAUCGGCAAUUACAUGGUUGUCUACGGAGGCAACAUGCACAUUCAUUACCAAGAGGAGAAGUGCUAUGAUGAGGAGAUCUUCUUCUACCACCUGGGCUGUCACCAGUGGGUGUCUGCUGGAGAGAGCCUUGUACACAGGGGGGAGGCUGUGAGGGGGCGUUACUCUCAUGUUGCAGCCGUGAUGGAGGGGCGAGUGCUGCUGGUUGCCGGGGGCUACAGCGGCGUUGCCCGCGGUGACCUGGUGGCUUACAAAGUUCCGCUGUUUGUUAGCAGUGACCCAGGAGACAGGGAUGCUGUUUGCGCUGAGGCACCAGACGAAAGCAUGUGCCUGAGGAACCCUGAGUGCAGCUGGUGUGAAGGACGCUGUCGGGAGUACCAGCCCACAAACCCGUGUGGAAGUACCGGUUGCAUGGGCCUGGCCCGCUUUCUGUCUGACUGUCAGUCGUGCCUGGUGUUCAGUGGCACCCCGGCUUCUCUGGCUCGCGCCCCCGGCGACUUCGGCUGGUGUGUGCAGAACGAGUCUUGUCUUCCAGUGUCAGAGCGAAGUGCGUGCCGCGUGGACCAGAUCUCUGGGGCGUACGGCUGGUGGGGGGAGCGUACCCGUUUCCUAACCUCCCUCCACUCCUGUCGCACCGAGAACUAUGUCCCGGGACUGCACCUGCUCACCUUCCAGCACCCCCGCAACGACUCCCAGCCUGACAAGGUGUCCAUCCUCCGCAGCACCACCAUCAUCCUCAGCCCCACCACGGAGAUGGACGUAGCCCUGCAGUUCAGGGGCUUCAUCCACCCACUGUGGGGGGCCCCUCCGCCUGCGCCCCCGCCUACUGAGACCGUCUCCAUGUGGGCUCGCAUCCAGAGACUCCACUUUGAGGCUCGCAUGGCACCGGGCCCAAACUCCAACCAACUGGAGGUGGUGGGCCGCUGGGCAGCUCAACAGGAGAAGGAGCUGAAGCUACUGGUUCGUCCGGAUGGUAGCAAAAUGUUCCCCAACCUGACCAGAGGGAACCACUACCUGGUCCAGGCAGAGGGCUACCUCAACAACUCGAGCUCAGGACAAACCAGCGAGAUGGCCCUGAUCUGGAACAGAACUGCCCUGCCUGGAGGGAGUGAGAUCUCCUUCCUGUUCUUAGAGCCUUACCGCUCGGGGUCCUGCUCAGGGUAUAUGUCCUGCCUGGCCUGUCUGUCAGACCAGUCCUGUGGUUGGUGUCCGUCCCUGUCUCGCUGCCUGCUGCGGGCUGACCCUGACCAGGAGCCCUGCCUCGAGGAGCAGCGAGGGGGACAGCGACAUCUGCUGUUGGCUCCGCAGCACUGCACCCUGUGUGAAGAGUACAGGGACUGCUCCACUUGCACUCAGGACCCAUACUGUGAGUGGCAGACCAACUUCAGUAAGAAAGGGGACUACCAGUGCAGCCGAAGGGGAAGGUUGGAUGGAUCCAUUCGUGACCCUGGAAGUUGUCCUAAAGUCUGCAACCAGAGGAAGACGUGUGGAGACUGCCUCUCUAACUCCAGCCACUGUGCAUGGUGCGAGUCUGCACAGGCCUGCUUCUACUUUGCUGCUUACCUCACAAAGUACCCUUAUGGAGAGUGCAGGGACUGGUAUGACAGCGUCCACUCGGUGCCCCAGUGCAAGCAGUGCUCGUCUUUGAACGCUUGCACAGACUGCUUACACACCUUCCAGUGCGGCUGGUGCGGCGACUACAACAAUCCCACUAUUGGAAAAUGUCUGAGAGGAGACUGGGCCGGGAUAGAUGACCCCUCUGUGUACAACUGCAGUGUGGCAGUGGCAGAGGCGCGUGCUGCAAAUCCUGAGCCUCAGACCUCAGCCCCCCCACGGCCCAUGGAGAUGGAGAUGGAGCUAGAGCAUCUAGACGCCAGUGAGCAGGAUGCUUUGUGGUCCUACCCCACCUGCCCCGAUGUGGAGGAGUGCAGGCUGGGCCUCCACAACUGCCACCCCUUUGCCACUUGCAUCAAUACCCCCACUUCCUAUGAGUGCCACUGUGAGAGGGGAUACAUGGGGGACGGCACCCUGCACUGCAACCAGACGUGUUACAAUGAGUGUCGCGAAGGCCAGUGCAGUGGCAGUCCACGGUUCGAGUGCGAGUGUUCCCUGGGCUGGACGUCGGACCCUGCCACUUUGGUGCUGAGCGGGGUCGAGUGUGACGUAGACUGUGGCUGCAACUUUCACUCCACCUGUAUCACCGCCCCGGGGAUCUGUGACCAGUGCCAGGACUGGACGACGGGCCCCCACUGCGAGCACUGUCGUCCAGGUAGUUUCGGCUCCGCCCUGGCUGGUAGCGAAGGCUGCGUGCCCUGCGAGUGUAACGGGCACGGCGACCCACUCCAGGGCUACUGCCACAACCAGACGGGCCAGUGUUACUGCACGCACAACACCCAGGGGCCUCACUGUGAAUCCUGCCUGCCUGGUUACUAUGGAGACCCCAGCAACAACGGUACAUGCUUCCGCCAGUGCCAGGGGCGCUCUGUGCUACUCUCCUCCACCUCCUCCUCCUUCACACUGCCUCUCUCCUCUUCUCUGGGGUGGCGAGGUGGCACCGGGGGUAAAGGAGGCCUCUCUCAUUGCCUAUGGGUCCUGUCUGUGACGGAGAAUCUGGCGCCCUGUAUGCCCGGCCAACCCUGUCCGCCUGUAGCCCUCACUUUGCACCCAGACUCCCAUACACAGUGCCCUAGCUCCUAUGUGUAUGUGUUUGAUGGCCUUCCACGCUUUCUGGACAAUGGCGUGGUACAUUCAGACCACAACCUGAUUGGAGCUUUUUGUGGGACCACUCGCACUCAGCCAAUCACAGUAGAGGCCACCUCAGGUGUGAUAUCAGUAUACUUUGAAGCCAACGUUUCCUCAAACAGACCCCAAGGCUUCAAUGCUUCCUACUGGGUCCAACAUUGUCACCAGAGCUCUGAUAGGAGUGGUGACGGGGCACUGUCAUGUCAGGGUGGCACUCUGUGCCAAGGAGGGCAGUGCCAAUGUCCCCAGGGUUCUGGAGGGCCACACUGUGACCGGCCCAUAUGUCCUCAUGACUGUGGACUGGCGGAGGGAAGAGGAUCUUGUAACACUUCUCUGGGAGUUUGUGUGUGCUCAGAGGGCUGGGCUGGUUCUGACUGCGCUACCCUGCUGGACUCCAACAGUCUCGUAUGGGAGACAUUGCUCGAUACUCAACUCACAGUGAACCAGGCCCACAGAUUCCUCCACAGAAUGGGUCACUCUCUGGGGUCUGGACCCCAGGGGAACCUCUGGAUGUACGGAGGGCUUUCCCUCUCAGAGGGCAUCCUAGGAAAUGUCUACAGGUAUUCCGUGUCAGAUCGGCGAUGGACCCAAAUGUUGACCAGCUCAGCUGAAGAUGGUUCUACUCCUAGCCCUCGCUAUCAUCAUGCCUCAGCCUUGCUGACCAGUCACGAGCCUGGCCAGGGGGCCAGUCACAACUUCAUGCUAGUUGUGGGUGGGGUCACCCAGAAGGGUGUUGCCAUGGAUACCUGGAGUCUAAAUCUUAGUAGUUUAGUUUGGAGAGGAUACAAGAGUUCAGUGCUCCCCCCGGUGGCAGGCCACACUCUGACAGUGCGUCGAGACUCCUCUGUGCUGCUGAUUGGAGGUUAUUCUCCGGAGAACGGCUUCAACCAUCACCUGCUGGAGUUCAGCCCUCAGACUGGAAAUUGGACCAUUGCCCCCCACACUGGCACACCCCCUACAGGCCUGUACGGCCAUUCAGCUGUGUAUCAUGAGCCGACCGAUGCUGUCUAUGUCUUUGGAGGAUACCGCUUUCAUGUGGAGACAGUGGAGCCUUCAGGAGAACUUUACAGCCUAUACUAUCCCAACUUCACCUGGUCUCUGUUGGUCCCCUCACAGGGCAAUAAGGUAGGAGGCCCAUAAUCUGAUCCCUGUUGGCUCAAUAGGGCAAGAGGAAAACCUGACAUGCCCUCAAGCCCACGAGUAUUGCACUAAAAAAUGGUAAGCUAACCAAUUAUGCAUUUAUCUAUCGGUCCACCACAGAGAGAAAACAUGUCUCUUUUUCUCUCAUCUUUUCUCCAGCCCCUGUCUCGUUUCUUCCAUGCUGCUGCCCUGAUCAAAGAUACCAUGGUGAUUGUUGGAGGGAGGACAGAAAAGGAGGACUAUAGUAACUCAGUGUCUCUCUAUCAGAUCAACUGUAACACUUGGAUUCAGCCAGCCCCAGGUGUAGGCGAGCCAGUCAACCGCUCUGUGUCUCUGGCCAUGACAAACUGGGGCAGUCAUCUUUUUCUGUCAGGAGGCUUCAACGGAGUGACGCUUGGUCGCCUCCUGACUUUGACUGUGCCUUCUGACCCCUGUACCCUGCUGUCCACACCAGAGGCCUGCAACACCACUACAGGCAGCUGUGUUUGGUGUAGAGGAACGUGUGCCUCCUCUGAUACUGCUGAGAGAAUGGGCUGUUCAACUGGCAUAUCCCCAUGUUCCCCCACCCCUCGUCAACCAGACCAGUGCCGCAGACUGAAAACCUGCAGUGAAUGUCUGGCUAGACACCCCAAGACCUUCUCCGGCCCAUCACAGCAUACCCUGCAGUGUAAGUGGUGCACCAAUUGUCCAGAGGGGGCUUGUAUCAGCAGCUCAGUCAACUGCACGUCAGAACACGACUGCAGGAUCAACCAGAGGGAGAUCUUCUUGUCCAGCAACUGUACCGAGACCAGCUGUGAGGCCUCUGAUUGCCCUAAGUGUACUGCUUCGGGGAAGUGCAUGUGGACGCGUCAGUUCAAGCGCACAGGUGAGACCAGGCGCAUCCUGAGUGUGAGCCCCACCUAUGACUGGACAUGUUUCAGCUAUGCCCUGCUCAACGUCUCCCCAAUGCAGGUGGAGUCGUCCCCACCUCUGCCUUGCCCUCCCCCCUGCCACAGCCUUCACAACUGCAGCCUCUGUCUGGGCUCCCGUGGCUCUGAUGGAGGCUGGCAGCACUGUGUGUGGAGCAUGGCUCUGCAGCAGUGUAUGAGUCCAUCAUUUGUGCCCCUGCGCUGUGAAGCGGGCCAAUGUGGCCGUCUGCUCACCGGAGGGGACUCCUGCUCCCCCCAGUGCUCCCAGCUCACCCAGUGCUCCCAGUGCAUUGCCAGACCCCAGUGUGGCUGGUGUGCUGUCCGUGGGGGUAAUGGAGACGGGCGCUGCCUGCAGGGAGGACUUGAUGGUGUGAGUGAGGGAGUCUGCCCCCUGAGAAACAGCAGCUGGUCCUUUCUCCACUGUCCAGAAGAGGAUGAGUGUGCCAAUGGCCAUCACCACUGCAACAGCACCCAGGACUGCCAUGACCAGCCUCAGGGAUACCACUGCACCUGCAAACAAGGCUACAUACUCAGCAGUGUUUCUGGCCAGUGCGAGCCAGUGUGUGCGCAGGGCUGUGUGAACGGGACAUGCAUGUCGCCAGGAGUGUGCCAGUGCCAUUUUGGCUUUGUUGGGGAGAACUGCUCUUCUCAGUGCAGCUGCAACAAACACAGCAACUGUGCUGGAGUUAACAAACCAGAUGUUUGUCUAGAGUGCCACAAUAAUACCAUAGGAAAGCACUGUGAGAAGUGUAAGCCUCUGUUUGUGGGCUCUGCCAAAGGCGGAGGGACUUGUCGGCCAUGUCGAGAGUUCUGCAAAGGUAAUAGUGCAGUGUGUCUGACCAGGGAUGAACAUAAGAAAGCCUUGGAAAAUCCCCGGCUGUUCCCUUUGGAUCCCAUCAGUAUUCACAACUGGGUGUCAGAGGGUCCCACUGAAGAGAACGCGGUGUGUGUGAGCUGCCAAAACAACAGUGUGGGUGACAAGUGUGAGAGCUGCCUCAGCGGGUACUUCCUACUGCAGGGGAAGUGUGAGAAAUGCCAGUGCAACGGCCAUGCCGAUACCUGUAAUGAACAUGAUGGCACAGGAUGCCCCUGCCAGAACAACACCGAGACCUCCUCCUGCCUCAGUAGUCCACAGAGUGACAGGAAGGACUGCUACAGACAACAGUGCGCGAAGUGCAAAGACUCCUUCAAUGGCACACCGGUGAAUGGGCGCCAGUGCUACCGUCAGUUCAACGUGGACAGCGAGUGCUGCUUUGACCCCACCUCCCAGAGCAGCUGCUUUCAUGACCCUACCAUCCGCAACCUUCCCAAGGGGCGAACUGUCUUCUUCGCCGCCCAGCCUAAAUUCACCAAUGUGGACAUUCGUGUUACCAUUGACGUGACCUUCGGGGAGGUGGAGGUAUAUGUGUCCAACUCUCAUGACACCUUCAUCGUAGAUGUGGACCGCCAAACGGGCAUUCACACCAUCAAGAUUGAAGAGGAAUCUGCUGCUCGGGGAGCUGCGGCAGCCAGUGUGGACAAGGAGCCACCUCCCUCCCCCAUAAAGGUGUUUGCUAACGCCUCGUCCAGCCUCACGGGUCCCCUGCUCUCCGGUAAUCCCUUGCAGUUGCAAGCCAAACCCUCGGGGGCAGAGAGGGAGGUAAGGGAGGAGUGGACCGAGGGACUUAUCUCCUAUAUCACCGUAUGGAAACCGCAGACUGUCCUGAUCGUCCGCGGUGUCCGGGACCGCGUGGUCAUCACUUUUCCACACGAGGUCCACUCCUUGAAGUCCAGCCGCUUCUACAUUGCCCUUAGAGGGGUGGGUACCGAGGAGAAGCAGGGAGAGUCCCAGGGCCUGCUGUUCUUGCGCCAGGACCAAGCCCACAUUGACCUCUUUGUCUUCUUCUCUGUUUUCUUCUCCUGCUUCUUCCUGUUCCUCUCCGUCUGUGUCCUUCUCUGGAAGGUCAAGCAGUUCCUGGACUUCCGUCGGGAGCAGCGGCGCCACAUCCAGGAGAUGACCAAGAUGGCAUCUCGGCCCUUCGCCAAACUCUCAGUUUACCUGGAGCCAGAGGAGCCCCAGCUCAUCUACCUGCCCUCGACAGGGGGAGGGAUGGGGGGCAGCACGGUAUCUCUUGCUCAUCCCCGCACAGGCAAACUAGGAGGUGUGGUGGUGGGCCAACGAGGCAGGGCGGGAGUGGUCUCCUACAAACACGAUCCAGGCUCUGGACCUACAGCCCAUCACCACCACCACCUCACCCUGGGUAGUGGGGGCAAUGGUGGCCAGCACCUGCCCCUGCACUACUUGAACACCCACCACUAUGCCAGCACCACUGCUGGCACCCCAGCUUCACACCACCACCACCCGUCCACACAUAGCGGCUACCAGCACUUCUGCCGCUCAGACCCCUUCCUCUCUCAGCUCAUGGGCUUCUCCUAUUCGUCCUUCAAAGUGGGGCCCAUCACCCUGGAGCCUACAGAUGACGGCAUGGCCGGGGUUGCCACUGUCCUCAUCCAGCUGCCUGGGGGCAUCUUGGCCCCAAACCGUGCCUGCCUGGGCUCGGCACUUGUCACCUUGCGGCAGAACCUGCAGGAGUACUGUGGCCAUGGCAAUGGAGGGGUGCAUCCAGGGGCCGGUGGGGGGCGCAAAGGUCUGCUGGGGCACCAACACCUCACCACCAUGGCUAUGUAGGGGGAACAAACGAAAGACACGUGGACGAUGACAGUGCUGAAUAUCUAAAAUGUUGAAAGAUAGUUUUGAAAGAAGUGUAGGCGCAAGUCAAAGAAAAAGGCCAAAAGGAAAAGCAGUGCAAGAGCCAGACGAGGUCAGCAUUAGGAGCAUAAUUGUACAUACACUGUAUAAUUGGUUACUGAUUGUCUUUUAUUGUAUUAUGAAUUGCUAUAUUUUACUGCUUCACAUGACCAAGCCAGCUGUCUCUAGAAUGCACUACAACCGCUAUGCGCAUCAGCUCAACCACAUCCUGUCUCUCCGUGACCGCUGCAAGAGGUGCGAGCGCACUCGGCGGCCGGUCACGCACAAAGACUGGGGUUGGACUGUCCCGUUGUUGCGAUGACCAACGGAGGUGGCGGGGAAGACGCCUGCUUAUUAUGGAGCCAACGUGCUUUACGUCCCCAGGAAGUGACAAUCAGGGUUGCCGUUGCGAACGGAUGACGGCGAGCUCGCUUCAACCCCGUUACCCACGAAUUUGAUUGUCAAGUCUGCAAAAAAAAAAAAAAAAAAGUCUGUUUUUUUUUUAUACCGUAGUAGAUGUGAGCGGUCAUGAUGUUACCUUAAUAUAUUGGCAGGCUUCUGAGCUACUUCUCUGUUAAACUAACUCGAGUAUAUUUUUAUAUAUUCCUUUAAAUGCCCUCUUACGCGGUCGUUUCUUUUUCUUCCUCGUUGGCCUUGGCUGUCUGUAUGCCUUGUCAGUGAGUCCACAGGCUUAGACUCGAACGCGCGUCCUGUAUUGUGCGGUACAGCUUCUGGAGGCUUUAGAAAAAAAGCCUAACUCCCGAGUCUUGUUUCGGUGUAUUGCUUUUGCAGCAAAUGAAGGACAGGCCAUCUUUACCGGGCCUCCGGUCGCCGCCGCCGUUUUGUGUCGAUAACCUCACGAGCGCCGUUCUUCUCCCGCGGGGGGCGUUAAAGGAAUGAAGGACUGGUCUAGAAAACAUUUCAGAGCGUUUUCGUUUCAUUUUCUCGACGUGAAACGUUGGCAUUUUUGGCUAUUUUUUUGCUGGCCCGCUUUUCCCAGGGGAGGGGGGGAGGGGGGCUUGCUUGCUUCCACGGUCGUCUCGGCCUAUCAAUUGCAUUUUUAUAGAGAAAACUUGUGUUUAAAUGGCCAUUUGAAAAAGUGAGCCAGUAAGCAGCACGAGAAGUGUUACCGCGUUUGACACCGACACAGUAUUGGAGCGGGGCGGUGCAAGUUCUCCUGGUGAGAGACGGAUGAGAGAGAAAUGACACUUGCGGACAAUUUAUCGACGUUUUUAUUUCGACGGACUGAGUUGCAUUUAUGUUGUGGUUGAUGUAAGUAAUAUUUGUUUUCUGGUUUUCUUUUCUUUUUUUCUUUUUUUUUUUUGCACUGCGUGGAGGCAAACUGCUCCAUUAUUCAGGUGGAACACGAGCAAAGGGUAUUUAUCCAUUAGCGGUGGAUGAAUGGAUGGUAGACAGUCUCACAGAGGAACCUGGAAUGGUGCUACUGGAUUAUUUAUCAAUGAGAACGGUUGUGAUUUUUUUUUUUUUUUGCUUGAGCAUAUUACUUUAAGAUCAAAAUUAAGCUCAAAUUGAGCUGUAACUCACUAUUUAUAGGAGCCCUCCAGAAAUAUUCACCAGUUUUGUUUUGUUUUUUUUUUUUGUUGUCUUUUUCUUCUUCUUGUUGCCGUUUUUCGUAAACAUGCUUUCUUACUUUUUUGUACAGAAUUUCUUUCGCCUUUUGUGUUCAAAGAAGGGAACAGUGUUGUACAGACGGUUGUGAAUUCCUGACGGUUCUCUGUCCUGGUGAUGAGUGAGCAACAAUAAACUCUGUGAAA